AUGGAGAUGGAAUCUAGUCAGAGGGAACACUACAGCGUUCACGAUGAUGUGCCGGGAGUCUUAACGGAGGCGUAUGUAAUCGAAGCGUCCUCCACAGGUCAGAAGGAUUUGGAAUGUCAGCGGAGCAUGUACGGAUGGCUCGUUCAAGGGGCCAACACAGCGCGGGAUAGUAGCGAGAUUCCGGCUCCGUCCCGAGCCCCGUCGGGGUACGAGACCGAUGAAGGAGCGAAGGUGGAGACAAUCAUCUCGCGAUGCCCGAGCUCGCAAUGCAAGGAAGCGGAGGAGGAGGAGGUGAUGGACUGCAUCAUCUGCUUGGAGGGAAUGGACGAUAUGAGCAAGGUCUCUACUCUUCCCUGCAAGCAUUCCUUCCACGAGCCCUGCAUCAUGAGGUGGAUGGAAGCGAGGGGCGAGCUCCGGCUAUCACGCCGAUGCCCGCACUGCAACCAGGAAGUCGAUGAGCCUGCAAGCAAGCCUGACAUCAGCAACAUAGAGGCCGAGCUGCUCUCAGCCAUAGAGAUGGAAAGCGUCUUCUCGAUCUGCUCAGGCCACUACUGGCGAGCAUUUUACAUAGUCUUCUUUGUAUUCUUCGUCUUAAUCAUCAUCAAUGUCAUCUUUCUCUUUCUGAGCUAA